AUGAUGGCGAGAAGUCUCGUACGGUUUCUGGUGUUGAUUCUCGCCGUAGCGAUUUGCGGUGCUGCUUCGGUUUAUAGUCCGAUUUCAGAUUCUCACCGAUCUGCGGCUCAGGAUGUCUUCGUACCAGUCGAUGGAUCUUACAAAAGCUUGGAGGAGGCAUAUGAAGCAUUGAAGACUUUGGAGAUUCUUGGAAUUGAUAAAAAGUCUCAUGUAAGCUCAGUGACUUGUGAGAAUGUGGUUAAAGUUCUUGGGUCGUCUUCUUCUACUUUAAAGGAUGCAUUCUAUGCUUUAAGCGUUAAUGGGAUUCUAAAAUGCAAAACUGGUGAAGAUGUUCCUAAGGACAUUGUUUCUCGACUUCAAGGUGUCGUUAAAGAUGCCAAAUUACUGCUUGACUUCUAUUAUUCUGUCAGAGGCUUGUUGCUUGUUAAGGAGCAAUUUUCUGGAACUGAUCUAAGUCUUGGAGAUGCCGAAGCCAUUUUCCAUUCCAUCAAGGCUCUUAGCCAGAGUGAUGGAAAAUGGCGCUACAGCUCCAACAAUCCGGAAUCAAGCACCUUUGCUGCUGGUUUAGCCUUCGAAACGCUUGCUGGAGUGAUUUCAUUAGCACCUUCAGAUAUUGAUCAAUCAUUGAUCCAGACAUUGAAGACGGGUAUCCUGAAGCUUUUUGACAGUAUUGAAAAAUAUGACGAUGGGACUUUAUACUUUGAUGAAAGUCAAGGCCCAAUCUCAACAACUGCAUCAGUAAUUAGAGGACUCACGGCAUUUGCAGCUUCAGGAUCUACAGAAUUGAACCUUCCAGGUGAUAAGAUAGUUGGUUUGGCCAAAUUCUUUCUUGGUGUUGGAAUUCCUGGUGAUGCCAAGGACUUCUUCAACCAAAUAGAUGCACUAGCUUGUUUGGAAGACAACAGGUUCUCUGUUCCACUCAUCUUGUCCCUCCCAUCUACAGUCAUUUCAUUGACAAAGAAAGAGCCUCUGAAGGUUAAAGUUAGCACUGUACUUGGUUCUAAGGCACCAGCUCUUAGUGUGAAGCUCACACAAGCUAUUAGCUCUAAAACAAAGGCUUCUUCUGUAAUUAAAAACCAGGAGCUUAAGUUUGACGCUGACAGUGCAACAUACUUCUUGGACUCCUUCCCCACAAGCUUUGAUAUUGGAAAAUAUACAUUUGUAUUUGAGAUUUUGCUGGAUGAUUCAGCAAGUGAGAAAGCAUACAUAACCGAAGCUCAAACAGAAGUGCCUAUAGCCGUUACAGGAGCUAUUAGUAUUGAGAAUGCAGAAAUUGCUGUACUGGACAGUGACGUUGGGAGCGUUGAAUCCCAGAAAAAGCUAGAUUUAACCAAAGAUGGAACGGUAUCAUUAUCAGCAAACCACCUCCAAAAGCUACGCCUGUCGUUCCAGUUAAGUAGUCCAAUUGGCCAUGUGUUUAAGCCACACCAGGCAUUUCUCAAGCUGAAACAUGAGUCACAGGUCGAGCAUAUAUUUCUCGUGAAAACUUCUGGAAAGAAGGCUGAAUUAGUUCUGGAUUUUCUUGGAUUGGUUGAGAAGCUCUACUAUCUAUCUGGUAAAUAUGAGAUCCAGCUAACUAUUGGAGACGUUUCUAUGGAGAACUCUUUACUACGUAAUAUUGGUCACAUUGAAUUGGACCUACCAGAGCGUCCAGAGAAGGCUUCUCUCCCUCCUCUACGGUCUGCUGACCCUUACACAAGAUAUGAGCCAAAAGCUGAAAUAUACCACAUCUUCCGUGUACCUGAAAAGCUUCCAGCAAAGCAGCUUUCACUAGUUUUCUUGGGUCUUAUCGUUCUCCCAUUCGUCGCUUUCCUGAUUGGGCUUAUGCAAUUGGGAGUGAACGUAAAGAACUUCCCUUCAUCGGUUGGACCUGCAACAUCCGCUUUACUUUUCCAUGGCGGAAUUGGAGCUGUUCUACUUCUCUACGUGCUUUUCUGGUUGAAGGCAAGUUUCUCAAAACCGAUUCUUCUUAAGAUUACAAGUACCUUUUGCAUCAAAAAUCUAAUACUCAUCAUAUUAAUUCCUCCACAGUUGGAUCUGUUCACGACUCUCAAGGCACUUUCGUUGUUGGGAGUGUUUCUGUUGUUCGUCGGACACAGAACACUCUCUCACCUCGCGUCCGCAACGAACAAGUUGAAAUCUGCUUGA